AUGCCCCAUGAUCUAUAUGAGAUUCUGGGCGUAACUCGAGACGCAACUGCGCAAGAGAUCAAAAAAUCAUAUAGACAACUAGCUCUGAAGUAUCAUCCAGACAAAAUUGCAGAUGAUCUUUUACGGGAAGCAUCGGAAGCGACAUUUAAGGAGGUGUCUGCAGCAUAUGAGAUACUCUCAGAUGAACAGAAGCGAGCAGAAUAUGAUGAGUUUGGUACCAUGGAUGGUGGGAUGUUUAGUUCUGGAUUUGAAGAUGAUUACGGCACUGAAGACGACUUCAUGAACUUUUUUAGGUAUGGGGCUGGACGUCAUGGAGGAUUCGCGGAUACUAGGAGUAGCGCAAAACAAGACCAUUGGCCUAAACGUACGAAAGAUAGUUAUGUGCCAUUAAAACUUUCUACAAAACAGUUAUAUCUUGGGAGAACAUUCCAGUUUCAGGCUAAGAGAAAGGUUCUAUGUCCGCGAUGCGCUGGAAGCGGGCUACGGAAACGCGCUGCGCAACGUGCAGCCAUACGAUGUGAAGAUUGUGAUGGCCAAGGAUUUAAAGAGAGAAUAUUUAGAAUUGGUGCGGGACUAAUUUCGCGUGAACGGGUAGAAUGCAAGCGGUGUGAAGGGCGGGGUAGCUAUGUUCCGAAAUCAGCAAGCGACAAAUGUAAGAAGUGUAACGGAUAUUGCACUGUGCCGGAGCAAUCACAACUCAGUGUGUAUGUCCCUCGAGGCUCACGUCAUGGUGAUAAGAUCAGACUUCAUGGUAAGUCUGACAUGGAACCUGGUAUGGAAACGGGAGAUAUAGUAUUUCAAAUUGAGGAGCAAACCGAUAAUGACGUGGGAUUAGAACGCAGGGGAACUGACCUUUAUUGCUCCAUGAGGAUUUCGCUAGCCGAGGCAUUGACGGGAUUUUCAAAAUUUAUUACCCGUACUUUUGAUGAAAGAGUGCUACGUGUAACGAUUCCAAUGGGAAAGGUAUUACGUCCCGGAAAUUACUUAAAGUUUUCAAAUGAAGGAUGGCCUAUUGAUGAUGGCGCGACAUUUGGCGAUCUCUACGUUAAAGUAGAUAUUGAAUUUCCUAAUGACGAUUGGUUUAACGAAAAAUCCGAAGUAGAGAGUAUCCGCAAUAUUUUGCCGGGCCUAAAAUCGGAACGCAAAUCCACCUCACAAUUUAACACUGAUCCCGCAAAUACCGAAGACCAGCUUUCAUAUACCAUUUUUGAAGGUAGCUCCAUGCUUCCUAGUUAUUUUUCUGAAGCAGAACAGGACCGCUUCCAAAAUGAACAGCAAGGAGCUAACGACAGCGGUACCGAGUGCCCCAUCCAAUAG